UUGUUUCCCUUUCUCUCCGCGCGGCCAGUGGGGAUUUGAGAGCCGCCUCGAGCACCGGGUGAGUGAGAGUGGGUGAAGUGCGAAACAUUUGGCUGUGAACAUCGCGGAAAAGCGAACCAGGGCACAGGCACCCAAGAGUCCGUUUGCGUGCGAGGCAACUUCCCGCGUUGUUAGGAAACAAGACAAGCGGGACCAUCAUAUCGAUCCAAGGGCUCGAACCAGGCGUCUAUAUUUUUACAACGUACAUGCAUCACUUUAGCCCAAGGAUCACAGGAGCGUUAUUUAAAUUCGGAUAUGCAUAUGCAAUCUGAGAAAAUAUCAAUUUGCUAUAUUAUUAGGGUUGUGUGCCUAUGGACGUGUGUGUGUGUAUUUUUUUUAAAGUAAAUUCCAAAGCAACGCACGGCGCGGUCAUACACCGGGCGCUACGAAGACUGAUACAUCUGGUACUGGCGGACUAGAUGGUGUACGCUUGUGCGUGUCUCGGAGAGCAAGAGCGAGCAAACAGGAGAGAGGGAGGAGAACAGAAGCCCGGGAGGAAUAGUUGGGCUGCCUUCCGACUGGCAAGAAUUCGCAUUUACAUUUAAAAUACCCUUCCAGUACAACCCUACGACACCCGGUCCCACUCGCCUUCGUCCUACGUUUUUUCUGCCGUCGCUCCCGUCUGCACAUCACGAACUGAAAAGACGUGAUGAACGCUGGCUUCCUGUAGGAUAUGCUGAAACUAUAAGUACCCGCGGCUCAAUACAGUCGUAACACUGCGCCCUGUAGGCUGCUCACCGCCUUAUCCGGUCCGGAGCUUCGCUCAUGGGUGACGGUGGACCGGAUGGCGUGCUACUACCUGGUUAUCAGCUCCACGCACCUCAGUAACGGACACUUCAGGAGCAUCAAAGGAGUUUUCCGGGGACCACUCUGCGGGAGCAACGGUGACGAAUCACCGGACUACGCUGAAAAAGAAACAGCCAUAGCCAGGGCCCUCGAGGACCUGAAGGCCAACUUCUACUGCGAACUCUGUGACAAACAGUACCACAGACACCAGGAGUUCGACAACCACAUCAACUCGUACGACCACGCACACAAACAGAGACUUAAGGAGCUGAAACAGAGGGAGUUUGCGCGCAAUGUCUCGUCGAAGAGCUGGAAGGACGAGAGGAAGCAGGAGCGAAAGCUGAGACGACUCCAUCAGCUGGCGCUGCUCAAACAGCAGAGGGACAGUUCCGGGGUGAAGAGUGCAAAGCGAAGAGCCGUGGCCACAGAGAAGCGGCACGAGAAAGCUCGACUGAACAGAAAUGAGGUGGCAGGCCUUGGUCCGGCCUCCGCCCACGGCCAGAGAGAGACACCGCCCACCCAGGAUGUCACUCCCAAAAGCUCCGCCUCCGCGGAUGAACCGUCAAAUCGCUGCUCUCUCCGGGUUCAGACCUCGCCCCUCCCCCAAACCCUGAAAGGUCACCGGCGCUCCAGGACAGGGGUCUCGUUCUGUUUCUUCCGACGUGCCCAGCUGAAAUUGGACUCGUGUGCAUCAGUGUUCAGCGACGCUCUGGACGACGCCAAUGAUCACCAGGAGCUCCAGCGCCAGAGGCAGAAGCUGGCUCUGCAGGCCCUGCACUCCCGAUCGCCAUCGCCCGUGCCUGGCCGGGAAAACCACGACCUCCCCCUGGACCCGGCUGUCUCCAGCACCUGCAAACAGAAGGGAACACAGCCAGAUCAUCCGGACCUGGAGCCGAGCGUGGCCAUCCGGGCGAGCUGUUGCGUACCGAGGCAAGAAAGACAAAGCUGUCCUGACACACAUGCCCCGGAAGAUGAGAGACAGCCGGCUGGUUCAGAAGACACAACGUAUGUCCGGGGCCAAAAACUGGUGGGAGCUGGUGGGGUAUGGGUGGAGAGGAAUGGCCAGACGAGUCCCAGCCCUGCUGGUCACACAGAUGGACCGGGCAGUGUGGCUCCUGGCCACCCCCACACGCACACAGCCUCACACCGAGACACACAAAAAGGGAACAAGCGAGACGUUGUGCGCGCCGAGGACCCACUGGAGUGGGCCAGGGAUGACCCGGUCAGCAGGCCGCUCUCUUUCCCAAACGUCCUCGGCAGGAACGGAGCAACAGCAAGAUGGUCUGGCGAGCCGGUGCGGUCUGUCUCCAAUGAGCCCCGCGUAUCUUUUAGCUGCGAACUUUUGGGUUUGGAACACUCAGAGAGCAACGAGAGCAGCACGGGGCCAGAGGAAGCAGACGGGUGUCGCUUCUCCAGCACCUCCCAGCACGGAACCCAGCGCGACGGCCAAGAUAAAUUAGCCGUUUCCAAAUUAAAGAGACCCAAACGCAAGCAAAGUGCGCGAACGCGUGUCUGUAAAUUAGACCCUGGCAGGAGGCAGCGGGCAGGCUGCGUGCCUGGGACACGCCGCCAGACACCCGGAGGCUUCAGCGUGGCGACUGGCGGUCGAGGAUGCCACGCGAGGAGGCACAAGUUUGGGAAGAAGAAGCGGAGGAGGAGGAGGAGGAGGAGGAGCCUGGCACGGGACGAGGCUCCAAACGAGAGCAAUGCGCCAGGCCUGAGUCUGAAAAGCGUCAUCGUGAAGUCCCUCGGUGGACCGGCGGGCAAAAGGCGGAGGCGUCGGAAACUGCCAGCUGUUGUCUGCCCAGUGAAGCACGGGGCUCCCGUUCCUCCUGUUCGGAGCGUCACCGGGUACGGCGACGACCCGCGGUGGGGCGGCGACUUCGGCGAGGUGAAACAAGACACCAGCAUGCGGGCCCACAGAGACAAAGCCAGUUCCUGGGGCGUCCCGUCAGACCUUAGCUCGGACGGGGAAUGGUCCGGCUUCCAGAGGGGGAAAUUCAGUCCUUCCCCAGGGUCGGCCUCCUGUCAUACCUGGAGGAGAGGACGCAGCCCGCCGUGGUCAUACAUCAGGAAAUCCAUUUAUGAUUUCCCCUGCUACGGUUACAGGCAUGAGUCAGACAGCCCAGCUAGAGGUACAGAGUACCGGGAGGACUACUGGGAUUACAGAUACUCGGAUAUCCACAGGGAAAGGAAUUACUCUGUUUACGACAGCCCUUGUGCUGUAGAGCGGACACACGGUUUUAGGAAACAUAAGAGGGCUGUAGAUGAGUCCCAGGAGGUUAGCACAAAGAGGAUAUGUUUCCUCAGAGCCUGCGACAGCCCUGACCCCCGGGACACAGAAGGUGAUGGGUGGUGUGAGGGGCCCAGCCCUGACCGUAGGAGGCACAGCGAGCGAGACAGAAUCUGGUUAAGCCCAGAGACCAGUCACGACAGGGCUUACGAGCGGCCCAGCCCCAGGUCCCGACACAGUCCUGCUUCCUCCAGCUCCACGAGCAUCUCGGACCUCAGUGGAGAGUGCGGCUCACGCACGAAACUCUCCUGCUCUGGACAGAGACGGGCUCGCGAUGGUGGCUUAACGUGGCCAGUGGCGAGACCUGCGGUGACCAAAGCCUCUCGUUCUUCAGCGAGAGAGAGGAGACCCUUGCUCACGCCCCCGUCCACUGCAAGGUUAGAUGCGACGCUGACAGACACCCGGCUCGUUAUCUCUGAUCCAGGCAGAAAACGCGAGCUGCCAAACUCUGAAUCCACCAAUUCGACAAAACCGAGUACAACACCCGACAAAAAGCUCGCAGGUAACAGAGCACGUAACCUUUUACUCCCCUUGAUAGGAAAGCUGCCCUCUAUGAGGAGGGGAAUAAGGGCUCACAAAGAGAAAUGGAGCAGGAGUCAAGCUCAAGAACCCGAGAGCCACGCAACAUCUGAAACUGGCUGUGUGAGUUCGGACAGCCCCGCACAGACAGAAGACCACGAUUCAAACUCAUCCCAUGCUUCUCCACCGACCGCUGACCAGGGGACCUCUGUGACGCCAGAGCAGAAAGGUCAGAGUGAAAACCACAUGGGAACGCCCCUUCAGACCACCGAGCCUUCGGAGUGCAAUCCGCCAAGACACCCUACCCCUCCCUUGACAGAAAAGCCAAUAACGUUUACCGAGGAUGAGAUUGACAAGUACAGGCUACUCCAACUUCAGGCCCAGCAACACAUGCAGCAGCAGCGUCAUCUCCAGGAGCAACGGUCACCACGGAGACAGCCGAUGCCCACAGAGGACGUGCUUCCCCUGAGCCACGCGGACCCUCCAGAGCCCUCGAACCAGCCUGCGACCGCCAGCCGCGUCUCCUACGCCGCCGUCCCACGCGAGGCGCUCUCGGCCUUCCCCUCCUCCCCCGACUUUGCGACGCUCCGGUCCGCCCCGCUCCAUCCGCCCAUCCCUCACCCCCGCCUCGCCCCUCUACCGCUCCCCGCCGCAUUCUUCCCAGCCCCGCCCACGGCCGUGCUGCCGGCGGCCCACACCCUCCGCCCUGUCCCCGUGGCAUCCCUCCACCCGCGGCCCCACCUCCCCGGUCUGGUGCUCCACCCUCUGCACCACGCCACCCUGCUCCCGGCCGUGCUCGCCCCCACGCCCAUCGCGGCUGCCGUGGCCACGGCCAGCGCCCUUCAUCUCCACCCGCUUCUCCACCCUCUGUUCCACGGCCAGGAGCUUCAGCUUCAGCCUGGUCCUGCCAGCUAGUCCUGGCCAUGUGAGGUAACAUCGAGAGAGCGAAUAAGAGAACGAGCACACGGCGCGUUAAAGUAACUCGUUAAUAGGACCUCUGCUCUGUCUCUUUAUGCCACAGUUUGAGAGUUUUGCUGGUUUUCUUUUCUUUCUUUGGCUGUACGUGUGCCUGCUGUAUCUGUGAAUGGCUGUGCGGCGUGGGCACCACCUCCUUUCUGUCAGCUCCUUAACUUGAGCACAUGAGUAAAUGUUUCUACCCUGUUUACUCUACACUGUAACUCGUGGUUUGAUGGCAGCCUGUCUGAAGACACUUUAAUUAGCACAUGGCAUUUGCAUAUCGUUAGGGAUAUGCUAAUCGGAGGGUUAUUUUCAUCCAGGUCUGAGAGACAGCAGAGGGGAUAUCGUGGAACCGAGGCGAACCCGUGGACUUCUCUCUGUGGAUUCGGGGGAUUUGGGAAAAUAAAAAUAGCAUCACAAUGAUCACCGUUCCGCGGAUGAAAAACAGGAUGAAGGAUUAGACGCAAAAGUGCAGCACGCAGGUGACCUCUUGUAUCCUGUGAAUCACACGUUUCUCCCUCUGCCAUUAAGCGCAGGGAAGUGAGGUGAACACUAGACCGUGGUAGGGACUUGCUGUGUUCAGUGUAUUGAUAACAUUUUCAACCUAUUUCAAGGUCUACGGCCUCCGAGUGUGUUAAUUUACUGUACUUUCCUAUGAACAUGCAACUAUUUACCAACAGAAGGUGUGUACAUCCUGCACUCAACUCACCUCCGUAUAUUGCAGAGACUUUGUAUUUACACUUAUUUUGUUAGAGCCGAACAUUUGAUCAUCUGUAAGAUAAUGUCAUGGUGAAAAGAAAAAACAA